GAGCCUGGCUCUCUCAGGAACGAAGUUGUUGGAUACAAGAGUGGAUGAAAAGACGACAAGGUCAGGGCGUGGCGGGUGCCCUGGUCCCGGGUAGAAGAGCGCUAGAGUUGGUGACUGGGAAAGGCGCCAAGUGGGAAUGCUCUAGGGAAGGCUCUUGGCGUUCACAGACUCCUUCUCGGUGCUGGACCUGUUGAUCUGUUGGCUUGGGAACUGAUCUUGGCCAAACAAACGGGACAAACAAAAAGGACCCAGAGGUUUUGUUUUUGUUUCUGCAGGAAAUGAGAAGCUGUGGAUUCAAUCUGAGUUAAGAAAAAUCAGGUUUGAUCAAGGAAGACCACCUGAGAAAUCUCUGGAUGUGGAGAUUUUGCAAGGUUGGAAGUAAAAUAUCACUUUUGCUACUGAGUCUCCAGUACUCAGAUGAUGAAGUGAGGAUCGAUGUUUAUCAUGCACUGUACCCAAAAGAGCUUCACGUCUCCCAGCAGUCCCAUUCCGCCAAGGCCUCGGAUACCAAGAGUCCCCUUAGAAAUGCUGUGUGGACAGGCUUCAUACUGAGAGCAGGUAGACUUCAUAAGGACAGGCGGGCAAGUGCUCGCUGGAAGCUGGAUGGAGGAGCAUGGCAAAGAGUCCCUGGUGGGAUGACAGUAAGAGCAGAAAGCUCCUGGUGAGUAGAGGAUGGGGACUUGGAACUUAGUUCAAUGUCUUGAAACUGAACGCUUGCCUGACUACGACUAUAUCCCUGCAGUCAUGCAAGGAUAUAAGAAACAGCAAGGAAUGAAAGAUUGAAUCAAGCUGUUGCCAGAGCAACGGAAUGGGGUGGGUGGGGGACAGCGACUAAGUUCUGUCUCCAUAGAGGUUGCGCAGGCUGGACAUCAACAUUCCUAGACAUACACGCCAGGAUGCGACAGCCGAUGUCUGGAGGGAGCCCUCAGGUACAGGAUGGACACGAUGUUUUCUGAUCUCUAAUCCUGCCUGCUCUAAAUCUUAUGAACUGAAGAGGCAUUCCUGAACCUAGGGUGUAGUUCUCCAGAAUUUUAGGGGUAAGGAAGGGGGGGCUAGCUGAGCUGAGGGAGCUGGUGGGGCACGGUGCUCUCAUGAGUCCAGCUGGCCCCAGCCUCAAGCCAUGGCGCCCAAGAAGAAGCGCGGACCAAGCGCUGGGCGCAAGCAGACGGGCGAGAACGCUGAGGUCCCACUCUCCGAGCGCGCGCAGUACCUGCAACGCGAAUACUCGCUGCUCUCAGAGAAACUGGUGUCCUGUGAGCAGCGGGUGGACGAGGUACUACAGAACAAUAAAUUCCUGGACAGCGAGGCCCUGCGCUUGCGCGAUGAAAACCGGCUUUAUGCCAGUUAUGUGAGCGCGCACGCGCAGCGCUGCGCCAACACCAUCGUGCGCCUCGAGGACCAGAACCGCGUGGACCUGGCACAGAUCCGGUGGCAACGAGCCGAGCUGGCGUCGCUUUACCAAGAGCGCGAGAACGGGGUACGUGCACAGCUGCUGGAAAUGAAAACGCGCGCGGAAAACAUGACCCAGCGGGUGCUGGAGCUGCAGCCCUACAAGGAACUGCAGCUGGAGCAGCUGGCACGAAUCCGGACCCUGGAGCGCGAGCUGCUGCACAUGCGCGUGGAGCACACGCAGCUCCUCCACCGGGUGAAGCAACGCUUCCUGGAUGACAAGGCUGCUUGUGAGCGCGAGGCACGCCUGCACGUGCACUCCGUGACGCGCCGCUCAGAGCGGGAGGCGGCGCGUGCCCUCAUUGCUCACACACAGGCCAUCAAGAUGGACAAUGGGCGUCUCCGACUUGAACUCCUGAGGCUUCUCCACCGGGCCCAGUUACUGCAGGACCUGAGACAACAGCUGCUAGAGCAGCGGGAGCAGCUGCACAGGGAUCAUGAGAACACGCGGAACCUGCAGCGUGUGCAUGGCUGGCUGCACAGGGGCCCCGGGGGGCCUCCACUCUGGUAUCCGUCCCAAACCCACCAACCUGACUUGCUUAUCGGGUCACCUGACUCCACGUUGGAAUCAUCCCUUACAACUAUUGGCCAAUCACGUGUGGCCUCCCGCACCCCAUCGGUGGCCCAGUCACACCGACCGUCCAAGACUUCUUCUGUAACAUCCUAUGAUUCUUCUCUGGUCCCGUCUCUGAGGGCUGGGUCUGUGAUUGCUCCCGUGGGUUCAUCACGUCCGGGAUCCCGAGUCCCAUCACUGAGUCUCUCGCAACGGAGCUCACAGAUCUUGUCUCUGAUCCAGUCAGGAAAGAACUCAAGGGUUGCAUCCAUGGCCGUAUCGUCCGCUACUUCUGUCUUUCAGCCGCGAUCGCGCGAGAACUCCAGGAUCUCUCCACAGCCCUCCUUUCGUGAAUUCUCUCAAGACACUGACACUUCUGCAAAGUCUGGCUCCAGGCUUCUCUCCAAUCUGUCCCAGGAUCGGGUUCCUCUCAGCCCACCACUGGAAGAGACAGCAAACACCUGUGAUGACACAGAAGUUGUACUGGAGCAAACCUGAACCCACGAUGGGAGGAGGCCAGUAGGACCAUGGGGUGGGAGAGACAUACCCUGAAAGCUUUCCUGGUACAUACAUAAAGAUGUUAAUAAAGUGUAAAAUGAACCUUA